CAGAGGGGGCAUGCGUCUUGCCCUUGAAGCCUCGCCCUCUGAAGCCCCUUCCAGCUCUCUGAUCUGGAGGGUGUAGUUGGUGUGGCUCGUUAGGGCUGUGGGACUCUGUACAUAUUGCAGCCUUUUUCUCUUCUACAUACAGAUUAUUUUGAAUCAGACUUAAAGUGUUCAGAAAUGAGUGAACCAUCUGAACUUGAUAAAGAAAAAAACAAUUCCACUCAAGAACAUGCAGACUCAAGUUUUCCUGAGAGAGAAUGUCAAAUUGGACAGAAGCAACUGCAACAAAUAGAGAGACAAUUAAAAUCCUUAGCAUUUCAAAACCCAGGACCUCAGGUUGCAGACUUCAAUCCUGAAACCAGAGAGCAGAAAAAGAAGGCCCACAUGUCAAAGAUGAAUGAGUAUUUUUCUGUGAACAAUAGUACCCCAUUUAUCCGGAGGUCAGGCUUACGGAAUCCUCAACCAUCUGGAAUACAGCCAAGAAGCAGGAAAGUGAUGAAGAAAUAUGACAGGAAUGGCCGGCUGAUUUGUAACGAUGUAGACUUAUGUGACUGUCUGGAGAAGAACUGUCUAGGUUGCUUCUAUCCAUGUCCCAAGUGUAACUCAAACAAAUGUGGACCAGAGUGCCGCUGUAAUAGAAAAUGGGUUUAUGAUGACAUUGUAACUGAGUCUGGUGAUAUUAUUAGCACAUUGCCAUUUUUUGUUCCUGACUAAGGACUUUACAAGAAGAUUUGUGCUCUUUUAUACAGUAACUAAGCACAGAAUGGGCAGUUAUUGCCAAUACUUUUUUCAUCUUGUCUUUUCAAAAUGUUUGGUAUGAAAACAAUUAAUUUCAUUGUGAUGAACAACCAAAGAAGUACCUCUCUUUAGAUGUGCUAAUUCAGAUUUCUUUUAGUUACAAUUUUCUAAACUUUAGGAUGUUCCAAAUGCCAGCAAGGUAAUAUUUUCUUAAGCAUAAUGGAAUGGAAUAAUUUAGUUUCUUUCUCCUUUUUCUAUAGUUUAAUUUGAUCCAAUUCUGGAUUGUCUUAAGAGUUUAAAUUUUGCAUAUUAUUUGGACUAUUUUUCCAUAAACAGAAUUUUUUCUUUUAUUCAUAUAGACUAAGAAGUAGUUUAAUUUCUAAUGCCAACAGUGCAAUUGUUACUUGGCAACUGCUGAUUGAAAGUGAAAACAAGAAAGAAAAACAAGAAAACUUGAGUUACUUUUAAAAGCAUGCUGUUUUAUGUGUUUCAAGCUAUAUAGUAGGUUAAUAGUUUCUUGUAAGACAUAGUAUGUAAGUACUUGACUAAAAAACUUAAGACUUUUUUUUCUCCCAUGUUGCAGAUAUUGUGGGAAUAAUUUUUGUAUUUUAGAUAGUACUAUUUAACGUAAGUUCUGAAUUAUAGUAAAGUUAAGGUUAUAAAAAACAGGAGUAGUGUGAUUGGAGAGAAAUUAUUAAAGUUGUAGUACUUAAACUAAAUAAAUUAUACUUACAUUGUA